AUGAAUGACUUAUAUGGAAGAAGUGCAAGCAUUAUGGAAUCCCAAUAGAAAUUAGAGUUGUUCAUCAGUUGUCGUGGAUUGGCAAACAUGGACACCUUUUCAAAAUAGCGAUCCCUACGUGAUAAUAAAGUGGGAAGAACAGAAAUCAUUUAAGACAACUUGAAUCCAAACUUUGCCAAAACAUUUAUAAUUGAAUAUUACUUUGAAUGCUAAUAGCCACUUAAGUUUGUAUGCAAUGACGACGAUGGAAAUGGAAAAUUCGAUUUUAUUGGAAGUGCCGAAACUACACUAGCCAAUAUAGCAGGAGCCAGGGAUCAAUUAUUGAUGUUAAAUUUAAGCAAUGGACAUAAGAAAACAGGAGUGCUUGUAGUCAGAGCAGAUUAGGUUAGAAUGAUAAAUGAUAAAAUCAUCAUGUAAAUAAGUGCUGAUAACAUACCAAACACAAGGUUUUUACCUUGGCAUACCACAUCCCCCUUUUUCAGACUCUAUCGAAUAAGGAAGGAUACUAAUUAAUAACUCUUAGUUUAUGAGAGUGAACCUCUUAAAAGCACUUUAAAACCAGUCUGGAAGAGAGUGGAUAUAUAAUCUUAGAAAUUAUGCAAUGGAGAUUAUUAUAUGCCUAUCAAAAUUGAAGUUUGGGAUUACAGAAGCUCUGGAAAUCAUGAGCAUAUUUGUUCUACUGAAUUUUCAGUAGAUGAAUUAUAAGGAAAGCCGAUGUUUAAAAAAAUAUUAUUUGAUAAAAACAAAAAGCAAUCCGGUCAAAUUUGUUUCAAUGAAUUUAAAUUAAUUGAAAAACCUAGUUUCUUAGACUAUUUGUAAAGUGGAACUUAAAUCAACUUAAUUGCUGCCAUUGAUUUCACAGCCUCCAAUCAAUCUCCUAAAAAUCCCAGUUCACUUCAUUAUAUUGAUGAUUAAUAUCAUAGAAUGAACCAAUAUCAAUAAGCACUAUUGUCUGUUGGAGAAAUCCUAUUGAAUUAUGAUCACGACAAAAAAGUACCAAUCUUUGGCUUUGGAUGUAAACCAAGACUCCACAAUUUGAACACCCCUUAGACUCUGCAUUGCUUCCCUUUAAAUGGGAAUCCUCAAGAUCCAGAAGUAUUGCAGAUGGAUGGAAUUAUGCAAGCCUAUAAUUAUGCAGUGAGGAAUGUUCAAUUUGAUGGUCCCACCUAUUUCAAUCCGAUCAUCCAAGAAUCCAUGAGAAUAGCAUAGACUUGUAAAGACAUGGCUUCUAAUACAUACUUUGUAUUAUUUAUUUUAACUGAUGGAGAAAUUCAUGAUAUGAAGCAAACUAUUGAUUCCAUCGUAGCAUCCUCUCAUCUUCCAUUAUCUAUUAUAAUUGUUGGAGUUGGAGAUGCAGACUUCACCAAUAUGUCUAUUUUGGAUGAUGAUGAUGGCAAUCUACAUGAUUCCUUUGGAAGGAGAACUUAAAGAGAUUUGGUCUAAUUUGUACCAUUCAAUUAAUUUAAAAAUAAUCCAGAACUCUUAGCCAAAAAUGUCUUACAAGAAUUGCCAGAUCAAUUAGUUAAUUACAUGCUCCUGGUCGGUAGAAAGCCUGGACCCAAAAAUUGUAAUAUUUAUCAUCUAUUCUCUUUAGUAAUUAAUUUAGGAUAAUUUGAUGUCAAUUAAUAUUCAUAGCAAUAUGGCUUAUAAUAGUAGAUUAUGCAACCCAAUUAAUUACCAUAAUAGUAAUAAUCAGUACCUUAAAUCCCUCAAUAAUCAUCCUUUACCAACAUACCACCACCACAGUAAUUUUAAUAACCUCCACCUCCAUAGCAAUAUUAGCAACCACCUCCUCCAUAGUAAUAUUAAUAACCACCUCCCCCAUAUACUUAACCUUAAUAAAUAUACCAGCCACAAUAGCCGCCUUAUCCUUCAUAAUAAUUAAGUUAAUAUCCUAACCAAUAACAAUCAACCUAUCCUUAAUAAUAAUAAAUGUACCCUCCUCCUAAUUAUUAAUAGUAAUAAUAAGGAUAUCCCCCCUAAUAAGCUGGAUUCUAAUCUAAAUUUAUCUAAGGACUUGCCAACACUAAUUUCUUAGGAUAACAUAUUAAUGAUGCUUAAUAAUAGUAACUCAAUCAACAGAUGCCCCAAUUUUAGUAUCCCCCUUAAGAACCAGAGAACCCUAUAGGAAUGCAACCCUAACCAAAUUAAUAUUAAUAAGCAAAGUAACCUCCUCCCUAUGUACCCGAUAACCCUUACGGAUUAUGA